AUUUAUAUAAAAGAAAUAAAGGAUAUUUUAAAGGAUAUUUAUCAAAUUGAAAUAUAUUAUUUGAAAUAUGGUUCGUACCAAAGCAGAUCGUUUACCUGGAAAAGCUGUUGGUGCUAAAGCACCACAUAAAGUUUCAAGUACAACAGGUACAGCAAAAAAAAGAAGAAAUAAUAAAGCAAGUAGUUAUUCUGGUGGAAAUCCAUAUCAUCCAAGACAAACUCCAGAUUGGCAAAAACCAAUAACAAAUUUUAUGAAUCAAAGUAUUACCAAUAACGAUAAUGUUGCAUCCACAUCACAUGAUAAUGAGAAAGAAAAUAAUGAAAGUGAUAUCUCAAUUGAUGAAAAUGAUUAA